GGACUCUCCCCCUCUGGCCCCUAGACCUCCUCCGGAGAUAUGCUGGAAAGACGUGAUGUUUGGAGUAGGUAGUUCCGUGGUAGCAAUCCACUUUAGAAGUAUGUUCAGGGCAGACCACGAGAAAAACCAAGGGAUACGGGAGCAUGAGUUAAAGUUGGCCUCGAGACCCAAUGAACCACCAAUCGCUUUUCCCCACACGAUUGUCGUAACCGUCACGCCGGUGAAUUUCCUCCUGCCCCUCUUCCUGGUCGCUCCGAACUCAUCGCUGCUCCGAUAUCAUCCUCCCUUCUUCCCACCCCUCCCCUUCUUCUCUUCUCCCCCUCUCCUCUCUCCUUCCCAUAUCCUCCACACCCUCUACGAUGUCCUUCACACUCCCCCGGUCCUUGUCCCGGACUGCCUGGCGGUCCUACGGGACCGUGCAGGGCUCUCCCAGUGCUGCCUCCAUCGCCAGCCGGGUCCCCAGCGUGUUGGUGGAAGCUACAUCCGCAACUGCUCCCCGCACCAACUGGACGCCCGAAGAAGUCAGCGCAGUCUACCACACCCCUUUGAACCAGCUCACAUACGCUUCGGCUGCCGUACACCGACGCUUCCAUGACCCCUCGGCCAUCCAAAUGUGUACUCUCAUGAACAUCAAAACCGGAGGCUGCAGUGAAGACUGCUCCUACUGCGCCCAGUCCUCCCGCUACCAAACCGGCCUGAAGGCCACCAAGAUGAGCCCCGUCGACGAAGUCCUGGAGAAAGCCCGCAUCGCCAAGGCCAACGGCAGCACCCGCUUCUGCAUGGGCGCCGCCUGGCGCGACAUGCGCGGUCGCAAGACGAGCUUGAAGAACGUGAAGCAGAUGGUCUCGGGGAUCCGCGAGAUGGACAUGGAGGUCUGCGUGACACUCGGCAUGAUCGACGAGCACCAGGCCAAGGAGCUGAAGGAUGCCGGUCUGACGGCUUAUAACCACAACCUGGAUACCUCCCGCGAGUUCUACCCCAGUAUCAUCACGACCCGCUCGUACGACGAGCGUCUCCGCACGCUCGAGCAUGUCCGUGAUGCCGGUAUCAAUGUCUGCUCCGGUGGUAUCUUGGGACUCGGCGAGACGGACGCCGACCGCGUGAGUCUCCUGCACACCGUCUCGAACCUGCCCUCGCACCCAGAGUCCUUCCCCGUCAACGCCCUCGUCCCGAUCAAGGGUACACCCCUCGGCGACCGUAAGAUGAUCCCCUUCGACCGUGUCCUCCGCACGAUCGCCACCGCCCGUAUCGUCAUGCCGGCGACUAUCGUCCGUCUGGCCGCCGGUCGCAUUACCAUGUCCGAGGAGCAGCAAGUGGCCUGUUUCCAGGCCGGUGCCAAUGCCGUGUUCACCGGUGAGAAGAUGUUGACCACUGACUGCAAUGGCUGGGAUGAGGAUCGGGUGAUGUUUGAGAAGUGGGGGUACUACCCCAUGAAGAGCUUUGAGAAGCCCGGGUUCAAGGACGCGUCCGCUCCUGCCCCGCCUUCUCCUCAGCCCGAGACUGCUGCGCCGGUCGCAGCGAGCUCGUAGGGGGUUUACCUGAGGGGAUGAGUUUUUGAUAUUGAUAAACCUUGAUGAAUUGUCGUCUAAAAAUGAAGAGAAGAUCAGUAACAAUUGAACUGAAGUGCUUGUUCCUACACUGCUGUGAUUGGUAGUUUUCCGUUAGCCGAUGAUCUGCAAUUGAGUAUCAGUAUGAGGAUUUUCCAC